AUGGAGACAAUUGUUAUUCUCGUGUGCUGCAAUGGAAAAUGGGUCACCUCGAAGAAGAUGUGCAAAUACGAAGGGGGUGACUCAAAAGGCUUAAUAGUUCCACGGACCAUCAAAUUUGCUGAACUGUUGGACCGUGUGCAUCCGAUUGGUAAUACAAACAUCAGGGAAGACAAGAUUUGCUUAAAAUUCUCAGUUUUGGUGGCCUCGAAUGAGUGGAAGCACAUAAAGAUUGAGGACGAUGAUGAUGUCAAUUUUUUUAUGAAGUACAAUUCCGAGGUAACACCUUCAAAACUAGCUCCCUUACUCGUGAGUAUAGAAGAUAAAGGACUGACAAAUGAUGUAGUUCAUAGUAUGCAUAUCACGACAGAUAGUAGUCGGAUGGGUCAUUCUUCAGUUGCCAUUGUUGAAAGCAAUGAAGUAACUUGGAAUAAUACAAAUGUCACUGAUUUGGGAGCUGCCCAGUUGCCAAAAAUGCGUUUAAGAGGAGAAUCUGAACCCACUCGUCAACAUUAUUGGAGUCAAAUGGGUGAAAAAAAUCGGUAUAAUGCAGUCGGUGUAAAAGAUGAAGAAGCAUAUUUUGACAGCGGGUUUUCACGAAGCGAUUGGAAUCCGAAAAUUACAGUUGGGCAAAUUUUCUCUAGUAAGAAAGCAUUGUUGACGGAGUUACGGUUGACGGCAUUAAGAGGCCACUUUGAAUUUAAGGUGCAAUUCUCUUGCACUAAGAGGUUGCUUGUGGUUUGUUGUCAACGUCCAUGCCCAUGGCGGGUCCGAGCAUCGAGAAUUGGAGAAUACAGCUUCAUGAUUGUGAGGUGUACAACUGUCCAUGAAUGUGAUUUGAGGUUUGUAAGUGACAAGCAUCGUCAAGCAACCGCAGCACUUGUAGCCAGUUCACUUAAAAGGAAGUUGAAGGAUUGUCGGACAAUAUACACACCAAGUGACAUUAUGAGAGAUGUGAAACACAACUUUGGUUGCACCAUCCAUUAUUCUAAAGCUUGGAAAGCAAGGGAGUUAGCUCUAUUGUCCAUUAGAGGAUCAGCGGAGGAGGCAUAUUAUAUCCUUCCAGCUUAUUGCUAUGAAUUGGAGCGUAUGAAUCCCGGCACAAAAACACACAUCCGAACUGAUGAGAACAAUCACUUUGUGUAUUUAUUUAUGGCGGUUGGCGCAUGUAUUAGAGGGUUCCGUUCUUCCAUGCGCCCAGUGAUAGCCGUGGAUGCCACUCAUUUAAAAUCCAAGUACAAGGGUGUUAUGUUUGUAGCAAAUGCAUUCGAUGGUAAUCGAAAUAUAUAUCCUCUUGCUUUUGGGAUCGGGGAUUUGGAGACGGAUGCAUCAUGGCAUUGGUUUUUCACUAAACUUCAUGAAGCCAUUGGUGAGUGUCCCAAUCUUGUUAUUAUUUCUGAUCGCAAUGUUAGCAUAGAGAAUGUGUGGAACAAAAUUUUUCCAACUGCACAACAUGGCAUAUGCUUUUAUCAUAUGAAGGGGAACAUGAAACGCACUUUCAAGUUGAAAAAGCGUGAUCACAUACUUAUGCACUUUGAGAAGGCUGCGAAAUCUUAUUCCAUUGCUGAAUUUGAUUGUCAUUUUCGCAAGAUCAAGCGAAAGGAACAUGUUGCUCAAUAUCUUGAAGAGGCAGGGUUACAUAAGUGGUCUAGAGCUCACAUGGAUGGACGCCGCUACAAUGUAAUGACAACAAAUAUUGCGGAGUCAAUCAACUCAGUCCUUAGGUUUGCAAGAAUGCUGCCAGUGGUUCAUUUGAUAGGGGAAAUUGUUAAUCUCCUUGUGAAAUGGUUCACCAAACGUCGUGAGUUGGCUUUGAAUUGCACAACAACAUUGUGCCCCAAUUUUGGAGAGAAGAAGUUGAGGAACAGGUUGGAGGAUGCUGCAAGGAUGAAUGUGGUUAAAGUUAAUAAUGCACAAUAUAAUGUUUUGGACGGUGAUAUGGACGGCCUCGUAGAUUUGACGAACAACAGUUGUAGUUGUAGAAAGUUUCAGCUUGAGCAGCUACCUUGCAAGCAUGUAGUUGCAGUUUGCCGCUUCUUGAAAGUAAGUGUAUAUGCAAAGGCUUCUCGGUAUUACACUCGGAAAACCUGGAUGGAUGCUUAUUCGGAUAGCAUCUACCCGGUACAACCUCACGGAAUGUGGGAUACUCCUGAAGAUGUUCGAAGUCGAGUUGUGCUGCCUCCCAUGGCAAGGGUCAUGCCAGGCAGACGAAAGAAGUUAAGAAUUCCCUCGCAAGGAGAGGGCAGCAUUAGAAGAAAGUGCUCAAGGUGCGGUUCCACAGGCCACAAUAAAAGCACCUGUAAAAACAAUAUUCCAUUGCGCAAUGUAUCUUAG